AUGCAAACAAUCAAACCCCUCAAUUCUCCUUCAUUUUCUUGCAAAAUUCUCAUCAACCCUUCUAAAAAAAACACUAUAACUCUUCCAAGAACACGAAUUCCGCCUCUGCCAUCACCACCAUCGUCACCAUCAUCGUCGAAUUCAGACGAAUCGAAAAUAUUUCCACUAAAAAUUGACCAUCCCAAAUUAAACCCUUUUCAAAAAAUUGCUUCCAAUGCUUUGGACAUGUUAGAAAAAUUAGUUGUAACAAAGUUGGAAAAAAAACAUAAGCUGAACCGGACGGUUGACCCGGAAAUUCAACUAGAAGGGAAUUUUGCACCGGUUCAUGAAUCCCCGGUUCAGCACGGUCUUGACGUAAUUGGUCAGAUUCCGUCAAAUUUAACCGGGGUCUACGUUAGAAAUGGCGCGAACCCGUUAUUCGAACCAAUUAACGGACAUCAUUUAUUUGACGGUGACGGUAUGAUUCACGCCGUUAAAUUAGAUUCGGAAAAUAAUAAAGCUAGUUACUCAUGCCGGUUCACUCGAACCAGCCGGUUGGUUCAAGAGGCUUCAAUAGGCCGGCCGGUUUUUCCUAAGCCAAUUGGCGAAUUACACGGCCAUUUAGGGUUAGCUCGGCUCGCGCUAUUUUUAGCGCGAACCAGUUUAGGGUUAGUGGAUGCUACCAAAGGAACCGGCGUUGCAAACGCCGGUUUGGUUUAUUUUAACGGUCGACUUUUAGCUAUGGCGGAGGAUGAUCUUCCAUACAAUGUUAUUAUUAAGGAGGAUGGCGAUCUAGAGUCUAACGGACGCUACGAUUUUAACGGACAAAUUAAUGAUCCAUUGAUAGCACAUCCUAAAGUGGACCCCAUAACAGGGGAAUUUUAUACUUUGAGUUAUAAUGUAUUAAAAAAACCUUAUCUUAAAUUCUUCAAAUUUGACACGUGGGGUAAUAAGUCACGUGACAUUUCUAUUUCCCUCCAAAACCCAUCCAUGAUCCAUGACUUUGCCAUCACGGAAAGUCACGUGAUCAUUCCGGAUUAUCAAGUGGAAUUCAAGUUAUCCGAGAUGAUACGGGGCGGGUCACCCGUAAUCCAUGACCCGAAUAAGGUAUCUAGGUUCGGUGUGUUGUCGAAAGACGACCAUGACGAAUCAAGAAUCAAGUGGAUUGAUGUUCCUAAUUGCUUUUGCAUGCAUUUGUGGAACGCGUGGGAGGAGAAUCAUGAAGAAUUAGGAAAAUCAACCAGACGGAUUAUAGUAUCAGGGAUGGAUUUAGAAGCGGGACAAGUCAACAAGACUAGACUUGGUCAAAAAACUCGGUAUGCCUUCAUGGCUAUAGCCGAACCAUGGCCAAAAUGUAGUGGCCUAGCAAAAGUCGAUUUGGUCACGGGAAAUGUCACGAAAUUUUUAUACGGGGAUGACAGAUUUGGGGGUGAACCUUAUUUUGUACCGAGCACGAAAGAAGGAGAAGCAGAAGGAGAAGAAGAUGAAGGGUACCUUAUGAGUUAUGUUAGAGAUGAAAAUAAAGAAAAAUCGGAAUUAAUUAUAGUUAAUGCUAAAAAUAUGAAGCAAAUGGCCUUAGUAAAAUUACCUAAAAGAGUGCCAUAUGGCUUUCAUGGUACAUUCAUUAGUUCACAAGAUUUAUGUAAUCAAUCUUAUUGUUAA